AAUUUUCUUUACAGCUUCCACAGGUGGAGAGCAUUUUUGGAGUAUGCUUUAUUCACAUGUAUAUUUGUGAUUUUACUCAGUUUUUUUCAAAAUAAACUUACUCAUCUACCAUGGAUAAACCAAAAGUCGGCUUCUGGCCUCAUCGCUCCUUUUUGUUUUUCUUUACAGACGGGGCGUAUCGACAAAGCCUAUCCCACAGUGUGCGGUCACACUGGCCCAGUGUUGGACAUUGACUGGUGCCCCCACAAUGAUCAUGUCAUCGCAAGUGGCUCUGAGGACUGCUCAGUGAUGGUGUGGCAAAUUCCUGAGAAUGGCCUCGUCAGUCCCAUGUCUGAGCCUGCUGUGGUACUGGAGGGACACUCCAAGCGAGUUGGCAUAGUCACGUGGCACCCUACAGCACGCAAUGUUCUGCUGAGUGCAGGGUGUGACAACGUGAUCAUGAUCUGGAACGUGGGGACGGGCCAGGCCAUGAUCACCCUGGAUGAAACUAUGCAUCCUGAUGUCAUUUACAACGUUUGCUGGAACCGCAACGGAAGCCUCAUCUGCACUUCCUGCAAAGACAAGUCUGUCCGUGUUAUUGACCCACGCAAGGAGGAGAUAAUUGUCGAGAAGGAAAAGGCACACGAUGGUGCUCGCCCCAUGAGGGCCAUUUUCUUGGCUGAUGGAAAAGUGCUCACCACCGGUUUCAGUCGCAUGAGUGAGAGACAGCUCGCCCUCUGGGACACGAAAAACAUGGAAGAGGCCAUAGCUGUCAAUGAGCUGGACACCAGCAAUGGCGUGCUUCUGCCCUUUUAUGACCCAGACACCAGCGUUGUUUACCUUUGUGGCAAGGGUGACUGCAGCAUCCGCUACUUUGAAAUCACAGACGAGUCUCCGUACAUUCACUACCUGAGCACCUUUGUUAGCAAGGAGUCUCAGAGGGGCAUGGGCUGCAUGCCAAAGAGGGGCCUUGAUGUCAACAAGUGUGAAAUAGCCAGGUACUACAAAUUGCUUGAAAGGAAGUGUGAGCCUAUUGUCAUGACUGUACCUCGAAAGUCUGACCUGUUCCAAGACGACCUGUACCCUGACACGGCCGGGCCCGACCCAGCCCUGGAGGCUGAGGAGUGGUUCGACGGCAAGAACGGAGACCCCAUCACAAUGUCCCUCAAAAACGGCUACGUCCCACUCAAGAACCGCGAGUUCAAAGUUGUCAAAAAGAAUGCUCUGGAUGCCAAGGUGGCAAAGAAUGUCGAGAACUCAAGCCCAAUUGCCACAAAUACAUCGAAUAAAUCCGAAGCCAAGCUGGAAGAGAUCUUGAAAGAAAUGAAAUCUCUCAAGGACCUGAUCAGCAGUCAGGAGAAGCGACUGGUCAAAAUCGAAGAGCAAAUGUCCAAAAUUGCUAUUUAGGGACCCUUCGCCCGACCUGCUACGAUUCACCACGUUCCAUUGGCUGGGAGUACCGCGGGACCAGUCACUGCCUAUCUCAAUGACAGUGUUUCGUCGAAGGCCUGCCUAGCAUUGAUCCCUAGCAACAUUCCAGAUUAACUUUUCUUAGUUAGCCCCCAACCUGAUACAUAACACAGUUGGAAUAAGAAGGGCGUGGCAACUUUAGCAGAAAUGUUCCUUUUUUGGUGACCAAGGACUUUUUCCCUUUUAUUUCAUGGCAGUUUUUUUUAUUUUCUUGACUUGUAUGAAAUGUCUUACACAAUCUAUUCCCCAAAACAUUUCUUGGGGGGGGGGGGUUAAUUUUCCAAUGUGAGCAUUCCCUAUGUAUUUUUAAAGUAGUGUCUCUUGGCCGUAUUCCAAGAUUGUAAUGUGGGCAAACUGGACUCUUUGUUCUUAUCUUCACUCCGAUGACAUUUUCUUGCUGUUUGAGGCUGCACAAAUCUUCUGUUACUUUCCCUUUUUUCCCUGUCAUUCUCUUUAAUGCUAUGUGCUCGUGCAUUCCUCGACGUGCACUGUGUGCUUGUAAGGAAAGUGAAAGUAAAAAAAAAUGUUUGCGGCCCACAAAAAAAAAAAACGUUCAGGCGAAAUUCGCUACACAACUAGUAGUCAGGCAUAACGGGGUUACGUUGCCGUUUCUAGACAAUUUUCAACUAUCUGUUCUGUGUACAAGAUAAUCAGAUCGACACUCAAUAGAUCUAAAAAUACGAUUAUGUGCCUCAUGUUUUUGGCCUUUUUGGUGUCUUGUCACUGUGGAUGUUCCGUCUUUGCUUCAUGGGGGUGGGUUAUAUGAAUAUUUUGGGUUUUGCUUCAAUGGUCUUUUUUUUUUUAAAACCCUAUCUCUUGUUCCAGCUGUGCUUAUGUCCCUCUUCGCACUUCCACCUCUAAAUACCCAUCCAGUACAAUUAUCGACACGGGAACCAUAAGAUUUCCCCUUUGUGAGCUUAUAAAAGCCAAACAUGGGAAGCUGAGACGGGUUAAAAUGUCAAUUGCCUUCCAUGUUUAUUAUGACCGCUGAAAAGCCCUGAAAGUGCCAUAAGCGUGAUAAUGAAAGUGUUGUGUGCGUGAGUAUAGUUCUAGUCGUGUAGUAAAAGAAAGAUUUCAAACUACUAUGGGAGAAAAAACGUGCAAAUUCAUCAGAAUUGUUUUCUUUUACCUAAACAUGUCCGACAUGGACCAUUUCAAUAAGCCAAAACAUCCUGAUUAAAAACAAGCAGCAGUAUUGAUCUUAGAAACAAGCCAUUUAUAAACCAAGAAGACGAAAAUAUUGGAAAAGUAGUGACUAGAAAUCCAAAGGGACGCUGUAGGUUGGAAAGACAAGAUGUGUGUAAUUAAGGUCUCAAAGAGUUACAUCGCUGUACAUACCAUGACCCUUUUUUUUUUUCUUUAUUCCUUUGUGGCUGUGCCGAAGAGGGUGUGCGUAAACGGGGCGGGGUUUUAAAUGUGUACCCUUUUUGUCCGUGUUCCCCGCGCCUCGCCAUAUUGCGACUGCAUAACCCUCUUGUUAUAUCGGGGUGCGUGUAUUAAAAUCAAAGUAAAUCAAAGCGAAAGCAAAACCAGGUCGAAGCCUCGCGGAGCGGUGUGCUCAGCAUUUUUUUUUGUUCAUUCUUGCUUCAAGUAUCAAACAUUGAUUAUAAAAAAAAUAAAGACUUUUUAAAAUGGG